AUGUCUGCCAACCUGGACAAGUCUCUCGACGACCUCGUCGGCAACCGUCGUCAGAGCGCUCGCCGUCGUGGUAACCGCCGCGCUGCUGCUAAGCCCACCGUCGGAGGCGUGAAGAAGUCUGCCAAGACUACUAAGGCCAACCCCAAGGCCGUUCACCCUACCCCUGCUGCUCCGGCCGCAUCCAGCAAGAUCAUUGUCAGCGGAUUGCCUUCCGAUGUGAAUGAGGGCAGUAUCAAGGACUACUUCUCCAAGUCUGCCGGUCCCGUCAAGCGGGUCAUGCUCACCUACAACCAGAAUGGUACCAGCCGUGGUAUUGCUUCGAUCACCUUUGCCAAAGCCGAUACUGCUGCCAAGGCCGCCAAGGACCUGAAUGGUCUGCUCGUUGAUGGUCGCCCUAUGAAGAUCGAGGUUGUCUUCGAUGCUUCCCGCGCUCCUACCGUUCCAGCUACUAAGCCCCUCACCGAGCGCAUUGCUACUCAGAAGUCCAAGCCUAAGCCGGCUACCGCUAAGAAGACCGCCACCACCAAGACCGGUGCUCGUGGAGGCCGCCAGGGUCAGAACCGUGGACGUAACCCCGGUCGUGGCAAGCCCAAGACCGUCGAGGAACUCGAUGCCGAGAUGGUUGACUACUUCGCCGGUGGUGAACCCGCCCCUGCUAACAACGCUGCCCCCGUCAACGGCGCUGCCCCUCAGGCUAACGGUGCUGAGGAUCUCGGCAUGGCUGAGAUUUCUUAA